CAACCCCCGCCCUCACCCCCGCCUCCACCACCGGCACCUCCACCUAACCCAGCCCCCGCCCCAGCCCCAGCCCCCGCACCCGCCCCCCCACCAGCACCAGCACCAGCUCCAGCACCUGCACCUGCACCAGCUCCUGCACCAACACCUGUUGGAAGUACUCCAUCAAUAAUAACUACCACCACAAGUACUUACGCUACUACUGUCUUUUGUGACAGCCCUAGUGCGCUUGUUUGUUGUUGCAACUGA